AUGAAUGUUAUCAUUCAAGCACUCUUCUUGGUUGUAGUUCUUGCUGAAGACUUGAUGCUUUUUGAGGAUGGAACACUUUAUGAAGGCUUUGAGAUUUUGAAUCCAGACAACUUGACUGUUGAGUGUGAGUACACUAAACGCUCCAAUUGGGUUGCAACAACUAUGAAUAAAGACCAGAUGAUCGUGUUUACAAAGGAAGGCACUGUCAGUACUAAAGUCGCUGACAAAGACAAGUAUUAUAAGUCAAUUAGAUUCAUGGUGAGAUACGACAGUGAUGACGUCAAGGAGAUUCCAGUCAACGUAAAAAUCUUUAACGAGACAUUCACUACUUUAUACAACGCAAACAAGCUAAACACCAUCUCUGGGUACUCUGUCAAAGUGAAGAAGAACAACAGUCAGAAAAUGACAAUUAAACUUGACAACUUCGAUUUGAACGACAAGGUCUCGACUAUCAUCUUUUCUUUGCCCGAAGAGAACUCGCAGUCGAUCAAACUCCUUCUUGACCAAAUCAGACUUGACACAAGAGAUUCGCAAAACAGCGAGUAUGAUGGGACCAACGAGAACGCCGCUUCAUCUUUGUUGUGUGGAUCGGCUCUUCUUUUUUCUGUUCUUUUAGUGAUCUUCUAA